UUCAACAUUUCUGUCCCAGCUUUCAAACUCACAACAUCUAUAUAUGUACAUAUAUAUAUGUAAAUAUACAAAUACAUAAAAAAAAAGAAAUUUUUUUCCGAAAAAUUUUAUUAAGUUUAAAAAUAAAUAACAGUAAAUAUUGAGUUUUUUGGGAAAAUAAAUAUUUUGUAAACAGAAAAAGAAGUGAAUUUUAAAAGAGUGAUUUGAAGAUUUAAAAAAAAGGCGGGUUGUUUUUUUGUUGAAAACAAGUUUGAAUAAGCAGGCAAGACGACCGGGAGCAGAUUAUACUCGGAUCUUAAUUUCGCGGAUCUGAAUUUCCGAUAGAACCCCCCCGCGAUGGACAGAUGGGAUUAUUAUCGCAAUGGUCCCAGUACAUGGGUGGAAAAAUUCCCAAUGGCCGCAGGUUCAAGGCAGAGUCCGGUGAACAUCGAAACGGACCGUGCAGAAUCUGAUCACGAGGCACUUAGCAGUAAACCGCUGCGUUGGAAAUAUCCGUCAACUGCUUCAAAAAAACUUGUUAAUCCUGGUUAUUGUUGGAGAGUUGAUUGCGACGGUGAUGGAACUUUUUUGAGUGGAGGACCACUAAUGGAUGAUGUUUAUAAAUUAGAACAGUAUCAUUGUCAUUGGGGAUGUAGUGAUUCCCGAGGUUCUGAGCAUACAGUAGACGGUCAAGCAUUUGCUGGCGAGUUACAUUUGGUACAUUGGAAUACUACUAAGUAUCGUACAUUUAAUGACGCUGCCAAAGCACCUGAUGGUUUGGCAGUACUUGGAGUUUUUCUCAAGGUUGGAAAAACUCAUGAAGAAAUGGACAAAAUAGCUCGUAUGCUACCGUAUGUUUCGCACAAAGAUGAAAUUGUUGACGUUAUCGAACCUAUCGAUCCCAGUAAACUUCUUCCUGUUCGCGGUGGACGUGCGGGUAGAUGCGUUAAUCCGUGCAUGAGAUGGGCAGACAAAAUCAUGCGACAGGAUAAUAAAUGUGGCUUUCAAGACGACAAUGGAUACUGGACAUACUUGGGCUCAUUGACAACUCCGCCAUGUAAUGAAAGUGUCACUUGGGUUUUAUUUAAAAAAUAUAUCGAGGUCUCCCAUCAUCAAUUAAACAUCUUCCGUAAUCUAAGAAAAUUUCCGCGUGGUGAGGAAUGUCCUUGUCAUGAAAAUCAUGGAGUGGUAAUCAAUAACUUCCGUCCACCACUUCCGCUUGGUAAUCGUGUGCUUCGUGAAUGUGGAAGUUUUUAAUUUUUUUACUUAUUAAUUAAUUAAUCAAUUAAUUGAUUUUUAAAAAAAGCAUUGGGAAUUUUUUUUAUGCACCUAUUGUAAUCAUUAACCAUCACGGGGGGUUAAUCAUAAUAAUAAU